AUGGCUCAAAUAGCAAAGAUGGAGGUUCAAUUGGACAUCAAGUCCUCUGCUCAAAGCUUUUAUGAAAUCUUUCGCAGAAAACAGUACCUGAUGCCUAAAAUAUGCCUCGACAUUCUGAAGGAUGUACAAGUAAUUAAGGGUGAUUGGGAGUCUCUGGGUUCAAUCAAGCAAUGGACUUAUGUCGCAGGAAAUUCUGAGAGUGGUAAGGAGAUAGUUGAAGCUAUAGAUGAGGAAAACAAGAAAAUCACUUUCAAAGUAUUGGAUGGAGAGAUCACCAAGUACUACAAGACGAUGAAGACCACGGUUCAGGUUACAGCAAAGGGUGAUAAAGGAGGCAGCUCGGUGAAAUGGACUCUAGAGUAUGAGAAGCUUAAUGACAGUAUCCCGGCACCGACUAAGUACCUGGACCUUUUGUCAGCUACUACUAAAAAUGUCGAAGCUUAUCUGACCAAUAAUGCAUAA